AUGUAGCAUAUAAAAGGGAGAACUUGGAGCGGGAAAACAUUACUUCCAACAUGAAGCUCCUGGUCUUAAUCUCAACACUCGUGGCCACGUCGUUAGCCGCACCUCAGGGCUACAGUCUGGGUACGCCCUCAGGACCAAGUUUUGGAACUGGAGGUCCGGGUCCAGGAAUUGGCUCAGGAGGAUGCGGUCCCGGACAGGUGCUGCAUGUCGACGGCAGGUGUGUCACUCCACGCGUCAACCGUAAAGUUUACUUAUAUGACGCGCCACCAGCACCACCAAUUUCCCACGGUCCUCCUCCUUACAUCCCUGAGCCAACAAUAGACACAAAUAUUGUGUUCAUCCGAACUCCUGAAGGAGGACAAGGACCAGAUCCCAUCGUCAUACCUCCACCACAGCAGAAACAGGUCGUCUAUGUACUCAACAAACAGACACAACAGGGACAGGAAGUGAUUGAAGUGCCAGCACCACCAGGAACCAGUCCUGAAGUUUACUUCGUGAACUACGCUGACGGCGAGAACCCUGUUCUUCCCAGCGGUGUUGACCUUCAGAGUGCCUUGAAUGCAGCUUCCCAGGGAGGCGGUCAAGUGAUUGGUGGCGGUGGCGGAAGUGUCGGCGGUGGUUUCGGAAGCAGCGGAGGUGUAGGCGGUGGUUUUGGAGGCGGAUUUGGCGGUGGAUUUGGAGGUGGUGCUAUAAGCGGAGGUUUCGUAAGCGGUGGCGAUAGUGGAGAAUUUAUUUCUGGUGGAAGUAGCGGUGGAUUUAUCACAGGAGGUGGUUUCGGUGGAGGCUCCAGCGUUGUCUCCACUCCAUCAAAUCUUUACAGUACACCAUAGGGUUUUCCAUCUGAACAUCUUAAUUUCAUAUGCUUUAAGACAACAUGUUAACUAUAUGACUUUAUAAACUUUACAUUCUUGAAUCCUAAACAAGAAUUAUUUCGACUUAUGGAUGUGUAUACUGUAUAUAUUAUUCAAAUAAACAAAAGAAGAUA